UCUGUCAUUUACAAUUUGUCAUUCUACACAUACGGAGUUCGACACGUUUGUUAAAUUUGAGUGUUUCUUAUUUUCUCUUGUACCACCUUUUAAAAAAAUGAACACCGUUUUGUCAAGAGCUAACUCCCUUUUCGCGUUCUCUCUGAGUGUCAUGGCGGCCUUAACUUUUGGCUGUUUCAUCACAACAGCGUUUAAAGACAGAACAGUUCCUGUGGACGUACGUGUUUCCAAAGUCAUGCUGAGAAAUGUUGACGACUUCACUGGACCCAGAGAGCGCAGUGAUCUGGGUUUCAUCACAUUUGACCUCUCAGCUGAUUUGCAGCCAAUAUUUGACUGGAAUGUCAAACAGCUCUUUCUCUAUUUGUCUGCUGAGUACACAACUAAAAGCAAUUCUUUGAACCAGGUGGUGCUCUGGGAUAAGAUUGUCCUUCGAGGUGAAAAAAACAAACUAAACCUCAGAGAGACAAAAUCCAAAUACUUCUUCUUUGAUGAUGGAAAUGGUCUCAGGGCCAACAAGAACAUCACUCUGACAUUGUCAUGGAAUGUCGUUCCCAACGCUGGAAUACUCCCGCUUGUAGCUGGAAGUGGAUACAUCAGUCUUACUUUUCCUGAUAAAUAUGAGACUCCAAAGAGCUAUUAGAGUAAAACAGAUUUUUUGUUGAUAAUUUACAAUGCAUUCUCUACUCUUAGGCUUUUUACAAGAGAAGUACAGUCAUACUAAUCAUGUGUUAAUUCAUGUAACUUUUGGUGAGAAAUAAAAUAAAAGACGAAGUGUU